AUGGCCGAUACUUCUGAGCCAGCAACAGAAACGCCAUCUCAGAGACAGGCACGCAUUAGGAAGGAAAAGAGAGAAGCAAAGAUUAGAGAUGGGGGAAAUGCAAGGUUGAAUAAGAUCAUUGGGUUAGGUGGUGGUUUACCUAGAGAGGAGGUUCCAUCGCCAGCGCCAGCGCCAGCGCAAACAGCUCCCAAGGCUACAAACCAUGCGGAUCCAGAUGAAGUAGAUAUUUCGAAUCAUUAUUAUGAGCCGCAGACUCGCACGCCGAUCCAGAGGUCUCAGAGUGGCCAGCAGCAACAGCAACUAAAUGAUGAUCAAUUAAGGCAAAUGAUGCUGGGUAUGGAUCCAGGCUCUUUGGGUGGUGCUCCUGGCCAAAAUCCUUUCGCAGGUUUCCCAGGUAUGGGAGGUGCACCCGGUGAAGACGGCGCAAACGAUCCCAUAAUGCAAAUGUUACAACAGAUGAUGGGAGGAAUGGGCGGACCACCGGGCGAAGGACAAGCUGGAAUGCCUUCCUUUCCCGGUAUGCCUGGUAUGCCCGGUAUGGGGAUGGAAGGGCAAGCUCAAGCCGCUGCUAUUGAUCCUUAUGCAUACAUUUGGCGCAUAGUGCAUGCCGUUUUCGCAUUAUCCCUCGGCUUGUAUAUAGCACUUACGACGUCAUUUACAGGCACUAAAUAUGCACGCGAGGCGUCGGGUUUGGCGAAUGAUGGAUUGAGCGCGGAUAGUGUGCAUUUCUUUUGGAUCUUUGCGACGUCAGAAGUGGUCUUGUUGACCAGCAGAUUUUAUUUGGAGAAGGGAAACUCUAUGCCAGCUGGUAUGAUGGGGACAGUGAUGGGUUUCUUGCCAGAGCCUUGGAAGAGUUAUGUAGGCACGGUCUUAAGAUAUGGACGUAUUUGGGGAACAGUCAGUGGAGAUGCCAUGGUUUGUGUUUUCGUGUUGGGAGUUUGUGCUUGGUUGAGGGGCGGUAAUUAAAGGGCCGGGCAUAAGUACUGAAGAUUGCUAAUGAUGAUGAUGAUGAUUCCCUAUCUAUAUGAAGUCUGGAUAUUAUGUAUCAAAGGUUUCCCGGUUCUCACAUUGGCUUACAGUUUGACACAAUCUGCAAAAUAUGAUCCAUCCGACUGGAACGAUCACGACGAAUUGAGGAACUACAUAUCUCCUUUUCUAGCCAUUUGCUGGGUGACAUUUUGACCAAGAUUUUUC